AUGCAGCAAAAUUUACCAGCAAAAGUAAAAUCCUCCGCCGGUUUAACCGAUAACAUACUCGAUUAUGUUGCUAAAGGUCGUACUGGAGGUGCAACAUUUUUUGAAGAUGGCCGACGAAAAGUGUACUACAUUCUGGUGAUUUCUUUAUCUUCGACAUCCAAAAAUGUUGAAAUCAUGCAGGAAGCAAUCAGGAAAUUAGAAGAUAUGGGCUUGGAGUUCGAGCAAGACCUUGGAAUUGGAAUCCCGGUUAAAUUUAUUAAAAUUCACAUAAGCGACUACUUAGCCAAGCAUUACAUAUAUACCUACGAUAUCCAAAAAGAAUACUUGGACAAUUUUAAUUACACAGAUGUGAAACCAGAUCAUUGUUCUUUUUUUAAAAUACCUCCUCUAAAAAAAGAUCCUUUUAGUGGUUUAAGCAUGGAGUCACUGACGAUAAACAAAAUAAGAAUAAUUAACACUAUGCUGAAACACGUUUCCUUCGGAUCAGAUGAAGAUAUGAAAGAGUUUAAACCAGAAUCUGUAUUUAAAAAUUCCAAGAGAAAAGUUGACGCUUGUUGGUAUAUAGGCGAAAACUAUCCUCCAGGUCAUGAACUGGAAUACCAGAAAACGGAAAAUUAUUAUUAUAUUAAUUACUAUAAGUCGUUUAAUGUAAUUGUACUAGAAUUAAUUAUUUUGUUUUUUUACGUCCUUAUCCAAAUCCUAAUCCCAAAAGUACCAUUAUCAAUUAAGAAACUAACAGGCAUAGAUAGAACAAAUAUAUCGAAUCCAUACAACAAAAUAUUCAAUGAAAAUCUGGAUAUUGCACCCUUAGAUUAUGUAAAUGAAUCAAACGUCAAGCUUACCAACGAAGAGGAAACAAAUGAAGACCCUGAAUAUGAAGAACUAGAUGAUGAAGAAAACGAAGAAGAAACAAAUGAGAAGCCUGAAUAUGAUGAUGAAGAUGAAGAUGAAGAACAAGAUGAUGACGAAAACGAUCAUCUAUUUAGAUAUAGGCGUUAGAUAUAUGUUAACUACUUUUUAGAAUAAAAUAUGUAUUAGGU